AUGAACUUCGUGGGACGAAACACUAUUGAACAAAAAAGGAGUUUGCGGCAAUGUCUGAUCUGCUUUACCAGUUAUCCGUUCUUAUUUCGUUACUUGCAAAAUAUUCUGCAGUUGUGUCCAGACUGCAGUGCAAAUGGAGAGGUUCGUGUCGGUCGGAUACAACGCCAAAUUCUGGAUACCAUCCUUGGUAUAAUCGUUUGGAAAGAACUGACGGAAGUCGAUUUUUUCUCUGGUUAUAUUUGGGAUGGGCUUGCUAUGAUGAUCACUAAUUUGGAAGAGCUGAUACACUGGCUCACGACAUAUCCUGCUGGCUUGAAAUUAAAUGCUCAUUUGAAUACUAUAUUAUCACAGUUUUUUGGUUAUCAUAUUUACUUAUGGCAAACUUAUUUAUCAGUGGCAAGUGUUUAUAUUGGAUUUGGUUUCAUAUCUUUAUCCUGUUUUUUCGGAUUAGCCACAUUGUCUGUGAUGUCAAUAAAAUCACUUUGGAGACUAUUUCGUGGUCGAAAAUAUAAUCCAUUACGUCAAAGGGUCGAUUCAGUAAAACUGGACACUAGACAGCUCUUCAUAGCUACUCUAUUUUUCAUCAUAUUACUUUUUCUUCUUCCUACGAUACUUGUUUAUUUCUUUACAUUUUCAUCGGCUUCCGUUUCCACCUCAGCAAUCAUGUUUAAUGCUCUGCCGUCACCUACCAUUUCGAUCGAUGGAGUUGUUGCUAUAUUGAUUGAUGAGAAAGCACUAGCAGCGAAACCACUUGUUAUUCUAGAUGUUCGACCAGAAGAACAAUUCGCUAAAGGACAUAUUAUCGGAGCUGAACAUUAUCCACGAUUCCUUUUAUGCCGUGAACAUUAUGAAACAGAAUCAAUGAAAAGAGUAGGCAUGCAAGGAACACUGAUUGUUUGUGGUCAAGUUUAUGGAGCUGGACAAGUUGUGUCAACAUUUUGUGACAGGGGACACAAUGCAGUUCUGUUGAGAGGAGAUUUGAACAGUUGGAGAUGCAAGUAUCCGAAAGGAUUAUUAACGACAGCAAACGGCAAAGCGGUUAAACUCGAACUGUCAAAAUUAGCCGCCCAACUUGCCAUUAAUCGAAAACCAGCUUUCGAAAGAAGCAAGUUCCAUGCUUUUCCAAUUUCAUGA